AUGCGCUCAAGCAUGCGAAGAAAUCUCUUCAAGCUUCCCUUAUAUUAUAGAAAGCUACCAAUAUCCCUGCAACAACUGUACAAAAAGCUUCAACCGAUAGAAGGGCAUGGCGUCAUGGGAAAUCUUGGCCAGGUCUACAUUCGUGGUCAGAAACUCGCAGUAUUUGAGGAAAUCUUGGCCAUUUCAUAA